AUGGAAUUUUUAAAAAGUUUUGACUCGGAUGACGACGUAGAAUUCGUCGAGACAUUCUUCAAUGUUGUGCAACACGUUCACGCCGAAGAAAGUUCGAAUGCAGCGCGUACAAGAACGGUCGUCAAUCGUGAUCGCCAAGCCGCACACGACUUAUUGGUACGUGAUUACUUUGCCGAUAAUUGUCUUUAUAAUGACGACUCGUUCGAACGUCGUUUUCGUAUGAAUAAGGCUAUAUUUUUACCAUUUGAUGCAUCUGACGAAUACUUGAAAAUAUCCGAGAGGACCGCGGUUGAAUGUGUAGAUUGGUUUUCUGCAUGUGUUUAUGAGGUUUUUCACGAAGAAUAUUUGCGUAAACCUACUCAACGUGAUAUUGAGAGAUUAUAUUCGGCUCAUGAAGAGAGGCAUGGAUUUCCCGGUAUGCUUGGCAGUCUAGAUUGUACGCAUGUGGCUUGGGAAAAAUGUCCAACUGCAUGGCGUGGUCAGUUCACUCGAGGAGAUAUAGGUGAACCAACUAUCAUCCUAGAAGCUGUUGCAUCUCAAGAUUUGUGGAUAUGGCAUGCCUUUUUUGGAGUAGCGGGGUCCAACAACGACCUUAAUGUUCUUGGUCAGUCUCCAAUUUUCAACGAUAUUUGGACCGGCAAAGCACCUGAUAUGACGUUCACGGUAAACGGGCACGCGUACAAAUAUGGUUACUACCUUGGUGAUGGGAUAUACUCGGAUUAUUCUACAUUGAUGAAGGCAUACUCAGUUCCUCGAAGUGAAAAAGCAAAAUUGUUUACAAAAAAACAGGAAUCAGCGAGAAAGGAUAUCGAGAGGGCAUUUGGAGUCCUUAAGCAAACAUGA